CCCUAAUCUUGGAACCUUCAAAGUGAAGUGGAAACUGUAAAGAUUCGGUCUCUUUUACUUUAAUUCAUCUUUUAUCUUUAACAAAAACCCUACCAGUUCCAAUUCUCGUUUGCGUUUUGCGUGUGUAAGGAAUAUAAAGUUCUUGUGAUUAGGGUUGUUAUGGAGAAAACCGAUGUUAAAGUUCGAUGCCAGAGGAUUGGUUGCAAUGCUACGUUCACCGACGACGACAAUCUUGACGAUUCCUGUCAAUACCACGAAUCGCCUCUAUUUCAUGAUGGAAUGAAAGAAUGGAGUUGCUGCAAGAAAAGAAGUCAUGAUUUUAGCUUGUUUUUGGAAAUUCCAGGAUGUAAGACAGGAAAACAUACGACAGAGAAGCAAGUAAUUGCACCGAUUAAGAAAAAACAUGUACCCCCUCCAACUGCAGCUCCCUCAACCAAUGCUUCGAUGAAGGACUCUUCUUGUUCUAGGUGUCGGCAAGGUUUCUUUUGCUCAGAUCAUGGCUCACAAGGCAAACCUGUAACUACUAUUGGAGACAAACCUUUAAAUCUUUCUGGAGAUGCAUCUGCAGUAAGCAGUUCAAGUGUUAAGGCUUCAAAACCUCCUCCAAAAAUAGUUGACAUAAAUGAGCCCCAAACAUGCAAAAAUAAAGGAUGCGGUCACACUUUCAAGGAAAGGGAUAAUCAUGACUCCGCUUGCAGUUACCAUCCCGGCCCUGCUGUUUUUCAUGACCGGAUGAAAGGGUGGGAUUGCUGUGAUAUUCAUGUAAAUGAAUUUGAUGAGUUUAUAGCCAUUCCUCCUUGCACAAAGGGAUGGCAUAAUGCUGAUCCAGUGUCCUGAUCAAUGAAGAAGAUACCAGAAAAGAGGUUCUCUUCCUGUAAUCAAUAGAUAAAGGUCAUGGUUUUGAACAGAAUGUGUUUGUUUUUACUUUUUAAGAUAUAUAGUCCUUGUUGACUAGGAGGUACUUCAUUGUUCAACCUUUACUGCAAAUUUUGUGGCCGUUGAGCUGACUUCAGUCUCUUAUUUGUGUGGAAAGUUCUUUUAUUGGUUAAUUAGGAACAAAGCAAACCCUAUUACAAAUAGAAGCUAAUAAAGGUGUGAACAAAUUAGUGAA